CUCCUCAUAGACCCCGUACUGUCCCGCAACGUAGCGCAGGCUCGUGGGGACGACUGGCGCCGCCUGAGGCACAUAAUCAGCCCGGCCUUCACGUCGGGCCGUAUGAAACGCAUGUACCCGUCCAUCAGGCAAUGCCUACGCGACUUCCAGACCCAUUUGGACGCCUACGCCAUGGAUCGUAGGCCAGUGGAUGUCAAGGAGAUGUUUGGCAAUUUCACCAUGGACGUGGUGGCUACCUGCGCGUUUGCCACGAAAACCAAUGUCCAUAAUGAUAGAAAUAACCCUGUUGACAGGCACGCCAAAAGUCUACUGGACUUUAAGCCAUGGAAAAUCAUUGCAAUGUUAGCCCUACCGCCCCGUUGGUUGACGCGUCUGACGGUCACCACUACUGUCCGCCCGGAAGGACUCGUAUACUUCAAUAAACUAAUGACGGAUAUCAUCGAAACGCGCCGUAAGCUUACGGACGCCUCCGCCAAGUAUACGGACUUUUUGCAGCUCUUAUUGGACGCCCAUAAGGAUACCGACGCCGCGCCCGAAGAUUACAAGACUAGUGAAGCUAAUUAUGUUAUCGAAGACGAAGAACCGGAUAAUCCAUUGGAAGGAACUGGAGGUAAGACACCCUCCGUCUCAUACAACAAAUACAUGAACGACGAUGAGGUGCGCGCCCAGACAUUUGUCAUAUUGAUGUCCGCCUACGAGACCACUGCCACCACCCUGACCCUCGCCAUGUACGAGCUGGCCCUCAACCCCCAACACCAGCAACGCCUAUUCGAUGAGCUCCGGGAGGUAUUACAACCUGACGGCGACAUAGACUACGAUGUCCUACAGUCCCUGCCAUUCAUGGAGGCAGUGGUAUCCGAGACCCUACGCCUACACCCGCCCGGUAUGAGACUGACACGCCUGGCCACCAAGGACUACACGCUGGGCACCACCGGUAUAACUGUCCGUAAAGGGGAUCAGGUGGACAUACCUACCUACGCCAUACACCAUAACCCGGAGUACUAUAAGCUACCGUUCCAGUUUGACCCGGAUAGAUUUUUCGACACCAAGCGCCGGCAGCAUAUUAAGCCCUAUACGUACAUACCGUUUGGAGGCGGCCCUCGACAUUGCAUUGGUAUGCGGUUCGCGCUCCUGGAGAUCAAGUUAGGGUUGGCUCACAUCAUACGCCGGUACCGGUUGUACGGCACCGGCGAUACGGACGUCCCGCUGCAAUAUAAACGCAAAUACCGGUUGGCUUUUCCCAAACGGGUUGUCGUGGGUAUUGAGCGCCGACCA